GAGCCGGAGGCCUGGGGGCUGUGUUCCGCCUGGCAUGGCCCACGGAAGGCGGCCACUUGGGCUGGUCCUGCGGGCCUGCAGGCCCUUCCUGGGGCGUGUCCGUUUGCUCCAAGUUGAAAACCCCUAAGGACAACUGCUGGCGCUGGCUCUGCUGACCGUGCCCUGGACGGCUGUUCUCCGUGAAGGACCUUGUACUCGCUACUGAGUAGCGACCAUGGGCCUGCUCGCCUGGCUGAAGACCCAGUUCGUCGUGCACGUCCUCAUCGGGUUCGUCUUUGUGGUGAGCGGGCUGAUCAUCAACUUUGUCCAGCUGUGCACUCUCGUCCUCUGGCCCGUGAACAAGCAGCUCUACCGCCGGCUGAACUGUCGCCUCGCCUACUCGCUCUGGAGCCAGCUGGUCAUGUUGCUGGAGUGGUGGUCCUGCACCGAUUGCACCCUCUUCACCGACCAGGCCACGAUGGAGCGCUUCGGGAAGGAGCAUGUGGUCAUCAUCCUCAAUCACAACUUCGAGAUUGACUUCCUCUGCGGGUGGACCAUGUGCGAGCGGUUUGGUGUGCUGGGGAGCUCCAAGGUGCUGGCCAAGCGGGAGCUGCUGUUUGUGCCCCUCAUCGGCUGGACGUGGUACUUCCUGGAAAUCGUGUUCUGCAAGCGCAAGUGGGAGGAAGACCGGGACACCGUGAUCGAGGGGCUGCGGCGCCUGGCCGACUACCCCGAGUACAUGUGGUUUCUCCUGUACUGUGAGGGCACCCGCUUCACAGAGAAGAAGCACCGCGUCAGCAUGGAGGUGGCGGUCUCCAAGGGGCUGCCCGUCCUCAAGUACCACCUGCUGCCCCGCACCAGGGGCUUCACCACCGCAGUCCAGUGCCUGCGCGGGACAGUCGCAGCCGUCUACGAUGUCACGCUGAACUUCCGGAGGAACAAGAACCCGUCUUUGCUGGGGAUCCUCUAUGGAAAGAAGUAUGAGGCGGACAUGUGUGUGAGGAGAUUUCCUCUGGAAGAGAUCCCGCUGGAUGAGAAGGGAGCAGCUCAAUGGCUUCAUAAACUGUACCAGGAGAAGGACGCCUUGCAGGAGAUGUACAACCAGGAGGGAGUGUUCCCAGGGGAGCAGUUCAAACCCGCCCGACGGCCGUGGACACUCCUGAACUUCCUCUUCUGGGCCACUGUCCUUCUGUCGCCUCUGUUGAGCUUCGCCUUAGGCGUCUUCGCUAGCGGAUCUCCCCUCCUGAUCCUGACGUUUCUGGGCUUUGUCGGAGCAGCGUCCUUUGGAGUCCGCCGACUAAUAGGAGUAACUGAAAUAGAAAAAGGCUCCAGCUACGGAAACCAAGAAUUUAAGAAAAAUGAAUAAUUAGUGGCUGUGAUCGAAUACGCAUGACCUGAUGGUGGCAUCCAGUUAACUCAAUUAAAAACAGCAACACACACAGAAUGGAGAAACAGACACUUAGAAACUAUUUUUCUUAUUAACUGGUGACUAACAUUAACCAAUAAACUUGAGCCAAGAGUAAAGAAACUAGAAGGCCUGCAGGAUGGAGCCCGGCACAGUGCACCUGCAGGCCGUGUGCCUCCUGGGAGACCUGUGAGGAGGGCACGUCUGCCCUGGGGGGGUCCUAGGGGACCGGCCUCCCCUGACGUCAUCUCUCAGAGACGCUGCCGGCCAGAGAGAGCCUCUGAGGCUUUCUCUUCUUAACCUUAGGCCCUGUUUUGUUUUUUAUCUGUGAUUUUGGGAACUCGCCCUAGCUCCUCGCCUCUUCCCCUGCGUCCCCAGCAAAUUCCCUUCAAGACUCUUCCCCUGUCCUGGGAACGGAUGUCACAGGGUCCCUGGCCCCCAAGGUGGCCUGCGCCUUUGCUUGCAGAUGGUGGGGGUGGGGGCACCAUGGAGAAAGUUGUCUUGGUGAUAAGCACACACUGGAUGUCACAUGGAUUGGGAGCCCCGCCCCGUGUCCCGCCCGACCCUGGGUGUAAACACCUGAGAACUGGUGAGAUGUCGACUUCUUCCCGCACCCACAGUCUCUAUUCUCCCUGCAGCCAUCCAACUGCAGUCCCUCCACUGGGAGCUGCGGAGGCCACGCUCGGCCGGCGCCCUCGCCCCCAGUGACAGGGAGCCCCAAGGCGCUGAGUGUGCUGGAGGGAGACCUCUGCCCACAGUCCCCAGGACUCGUAGCGGCUUCUUGAAAAGCAGCGUCACCAUCAAACCUGUCUUCUAAAGGCAGUUGGAGACUGUUAGCACGGAGCUUGUCGGCUUGUAGAGAUUUUAUUUUUAUAGUUGAUGGCUCUUCACUUUAGAGGUGGUGAGCCUCCCGCCCUCCUUGCCACCCUCCCUUCCCCAGGCAGGCACAUGUGUACCCAGGGAGGGCCUGCCUCUGACCGGGCGGGCGCCCUCUCCACGUGGCAUGCCCAGCGGGCAUCUUGUUCCGGCCUCAUUCCUCCUGCCGCAGGGGUGUCUCCGAGCUCGUCUUAUGUCCUCACAGCGUCCCUUUCCACCACAGCCCUAGUGGGAGGCACUGAUUCCGAAGAUGGAAGCGUGUUUAAUGCACCCGGGGCCGGGCUGGAAGCUGCUGGGGCAGCAGUGGGAACAGCCACCAACCACCACGUCACCCGCCCCCAUGCGGCUCAGCUAAGUCAUUCCGCUGUAAACCCACCUGCAUUGGACUUUCUCCUUAGACUUUCAACUUGGUUUUUUAAAGUCACAUUCCCCUCAUGCUUUUUAGCAAGGGAAAGAAAAAUAAUGGAUGUUCUCUCUGAUACACUGUAACCAGCGUUCUGAAUAGAGGCAGGGUGAGUCUUCUAGGAAAACAAUGGAGGAAAGAGGCAUGGACGAAAUUAUAAACUAAAUUGGAAAAAUAGUUAUGCAUUGGCCUUAAGUGUUUUGGGAAGAUUUAUCCAGAUGGCAUAAAUUCUUUAAAACGAUGACACUCCUGAAUUUUAAGUGUGGUAAUUGUGAUGGAGGGACAGCUGCAGAAAAGUGCCCCACAAGCGAGGGUGGAUGAACACAAUUCCUUGUGAGGCUAAAACAAACAGCUUUAAAAUGCGUUUGUUUCAGGAGCAGGCCUGCCUCUGCCCUUGAAGGCUAUCUGUCCACUCCCCCUGGGGUGAGCAGCUACCUUAGGGUUUCUUUGUCUUCAUAGAACACUCUGCUCAUCUGUCUUUAUGUGUGUUUAUCUAUGUCAUUGGCUAAGUCACUAAUACUUAAAAAGUCUUAAAGGAAAAAAGUGGAAGGGCACUACCAUGCAGACGCGUUACCCAGAAAAUGCAAAUUUAGGUCUUUAACCACUAAGUUAACCACUUAGUCCUUGUUUCCCAGAUAAGUUCCCACCCCUUGAAAUGAACACAUAAUGUGUGAAUGCUGCAUCCAGUCGGUGCGGGCUCCUCCGUACACGGAGACGGACCAGGGUGUAGGUUUUAAAUCUCAGUGAUUCCUUCUGACUGAACGCGGAUCAGCUCAUGCAUUAAACACGGAGCCCUUUGGGAGCAAUAAAAACUACUCCAUGAAUGUUCGGGCUUUUUUUUUUUUGGGGGGGUCUCAGAAUAGUGCUUUUCUUUAUUCUUUUCCUUUACACUCCACUGCUGAGCUGCUCGUGUCGCUGAUUUGUCAUGUCAAAUUCAGGCUGUUUGGACAGGCCGUGUGAGUCGCAGUCGCCAGUGUGCACUCUAGGCCUGGUGUCCUGGGGGCCCUCCACAUGGGGUCCUGGGGCUGGCAAGGGCGGGGAGCUGUUUGUUGACCCUCUGCUGGGGGGGAUGUUUGCUGACCCUCUGCUGGGGGGGGAUGUUUGCUGACCCUCUGCUGGGGGGGCUGUUUGCUGACCCUCCGCUGGGGGGGAUGUUUGCUGCUUAUAGUGUGUCUCCAGAGCCAGACCCCCGCUCCUGCUGGAGGUGCCCAGAAAGAGGGUCCCUGCCAUGAGUGACGGACAGGCUGAACUCCAAGCCUGGGGGGUCAGUGGCUGCAUGUUUCUCCUCAGGCCCAGGCCCCACUGUCAGGCCCCAGGUUCCAUGUCCUUUGUCACCUUCCAUGCUUGUAUCCGCCCUGCCCAGUGAGUGGCGUUUGGCUUGUAGGCCCUCCCUGUGUGUCUAGCUGGGGAGAGGGCCACAGCUUUUGGGCCCCCUUUGGGUGUUCCAUGGUGAUUUUGUAGCAGCUGCCAGCACCUGGAGACUUUCUGGUAACACCGUAAGCAGUGAGCAUGCCCACUGUGUGCAGCGGGGCAGACGCUGGGAAAAGGCUUGGCUGAUCAGAGGGAACGCGUGUUAAAAACUCAUGAACACUUUCUUUACGCCCUCUUUUUCUACAAACUGGAGCUUAGCGGAGGGUUUGAAAUGGCUACCCAUUGACAGAGUUUUCACCCAGAGAAAACACUGGUCACCGGUACGCGGUGACAGACACUAGAUGCACAGCUCUGUUGGAGGCACUCUGUGGUGCCCUCAAGAAGCACAGAAUCUGGUGAAGAGAUGAGCUCUGAGUGCACAAACCACUAAGUAACGUAAAGCAACAGUGUCAGCAGCUCUUUCUUGUAGAACCGAUGCAGAUGUGGUCAUUGGUUCUGAACCUGCCUUGUCCGGGCCUGUCCCCUCUCCGUGCACUGUGGCAGGAGACCUUUCCUUACCCUUGUCCAGUUAUCAAGCGUGAAGCCGAUCUGAAGAGAAGCGGUGUGCUCAGUCACGUGCAGUUUGGGAGCUGUCUCAGGCCACCCACACCCAUGUGACGACUUAUUUGGGGCAGAUUUGGGGUGAAGAAUAAGAAACUCUCUGCAUGUUGCUUUGUGUCCACCCGAGACGCCUAUAGGACAAGCCAAAUAGAAUCUUCUCAGCCCAGCUGACUUGCAGCUGAACUGUUCAUCCCUGUGCGUGGCCCCCGCUGCGAAUUUCUCACCAGUAGCGCAUGCUUCCCCGGCAUGCGACACUCAGCGUCCCGUGUGUGACGCGGCUUCCAGCCCGCCCGCCUGCCAUGUAACCAGGCUUAGGGUUGAAACUGGGCCUGUUGUGCCUGCCUGCCUUCUCUUUGGAGACAGCACACCCUCAGCCCACGUGCCUGCCCCUUUGUCUAGUGAGUUAGCUCCUAAAGCCAAGGCCAGCCUCUCCAAGCACCUGGACCUGGGCGGGGUGCCCCCCCCCCGGCCAUGCCACCCACUUAGACCGGGCCAGGCUUUGUCCCAAACCCUGCGUUGGGAUGCCAGGGUGCAUGCAGUCAUUCGGGUUUCCCAUUCUUGCCUAUCAGGGCCAGGGUGCAGAAACACAGGGGCAGUUUUUGGAUAGAAGAUGCCACACUGUGUUCUGCCUGAUUGAGGGGGUGGACACACAUGAAUUAGGUUUUAGCACAAGCAUUUGCCGCUGGCUGACUCAGUGGAAAUGGUGGCAUUCUUACAAACCACUCGGGAACCAAAAGGACAAGGUCACUUUCAGGGAACCCGGGAAGUUACCAGAGGAGCUGACAUCAGUCAGCCCCAGCGGCAGCCACGCAUUCUUCUCAAAGACAAUUGAAUUGCUUUAAAUUUUUAAGCUUUUUAAUAACAAGUUCACCUGGAGUUUUCUUUUCUCGUAAACUUUCAGUUUCUUAACUUUUUGUUGUAAAAGUAUUUGGACAGAAGUCAAACUGUGAAUGAGAUACUGAAAUGCACUAAAAUUGUAUUAAAUUAAACUGGAGUUACUUGAUACAAUGAAGAAAUGCAUCUGAUCUACUUGUAUUUAUUGUCUCAGAAUUGUACGUUGUGACAAUCAAAUGUUACUUGCCUAAAUGCCAGAAAUUCAACUGGCUUCUUAAUCACAAAGCUCAUUAGCAAGUACUGUAUCAUAAAUUAAUCAUGAAUCAUGAAGAUCUGGCUUCUUAGUCACAAAGACCGCCAGCCGGUAAUGUAUCAUAAACUAACCGUGGAUGAUGAAGGUCGUUAGCAAGCACUGUCACUGUAAUGAGGGUCUUUGGAAAACCACACAAACCAUUGACGCGCAUGCGUGUGACAGACAUUGGGGUCUUUUUCUAUUGUUGACAAUCUGCCAUACCUGACCGUUGGCCAGUUUCAAAGGGUGAUACAUUGUAUACAGGGUGCAAAUAUGUUAUACAGACUUUCCCUUUUGUACACUUCAUUUUUACAAGUUUGCUACUCACAGCUUUAUGUAGUGGAGUCUAGCAGUAUUUUUGGUCUACAGGAGGCUGGUGGGGGGAGGUGGGGGGAGCUCACUUAGACCUUAAAAGCCUGUGUCCCAAAAAACUGUGUUUGCCGUGCUCUGUGAAGACCACUUUGUACACGGGCGUGAGCCCUGCCUGAGCGGCGGUAUUUUGUAGAUAAAAUGCUGCAGGCGUCAUACUUGUUUAUUAAAAUUGCUGCUAUGAAAGAGGGAUAAAAUAUCCCCGGUAUAAGUGAAA